AUUAGUAUGACAUAAAAGUAAAGGCAAGCAACAUUUAAUCAUCAUCUCCAUUUCUCAAAAAUUUAUAGCCCACACAACCUGCAACCUUCGGUAAAACUGAUCUUCACUUUCCUUUGUCUUGUCAAAAGCCACAUGUUCUUCAGUCUCUUCUCAACAAAGAUAUAUAAAGGGAAAAUAUUCCCAUAAUUUUUACAAUAGUUUUUAAACUUUAAAUCCUCAUGGACUUUCUCAAAGUUUCUGACAAGACAACAUCUCCAUAUAGAAGUAACUCUCUGUUUGGUUUGAAUCAGCAACACAUGGAGACUCAUCCUCAUCCUCAUCCCCAUGUCAUUACCCCUUAUGCAGGAAAUGGAGUUAUGGGAUGUUACUACUAUUACCCUUUUACAAACGCGCAACUAAAGGAGCUCGAGAGACAAGCGAUGAUCUACAAGUACAUGAUCGCGUCGAUUCCCGUUCCUGUUGAUCUUCUUGUCUCAUCAUCACCUCCCUGUAAUAAUAAAAACGCUGCCGGAGGAGAUUUAGAGCCGGGAAGAUGCCGGAGAACAGACGGGAAGAAAUGGAGAUGCUCGAAAGAAGUCGUCUCUAAUCACAAAUACUGUGAGAGACACUUGCACAGAGGCCGUCCUCGUUCAAGAAAGCAUGUGGAACUUCCUUAUUCUCGCCCUAGCAGUAGCAACAUUAGUUGUUCCGAGAAAAACAGAGUUCUUAGCUCUAUAAAAGACAAAAGAGUGGAGGUUUCAUCAGCCAGAGGAAUCGAGAUCUUUCCUGUACCGGCGUCUAACGAGCAAGAAAACAAGUAUCUGAACUUUAUAGAUGUCUGGUCCGAUGGAGUGACAUCAUCUGAGAAACAGAGAACCCCUGCUGCUGCUUCUUCUCCCAGUGGCAAUCCUUGUCUUUACUCGCUUGAUCUUUCCAUGGGAGGAAACAACUUGAUGGGCCAGGAUGAAAUGGGCUUAAGGGUUAUCGGGUCGGGUCGUGAUGAUCCGCACGGGUAUGGUCCAUAUGGUGGGGGUGUCGUGUCUUCUUCACUUGAUGAGAUGUCGAGCUGGCUUGCCACCACGCCCGGGGGACCAUUAGCUGAGAUACUGAGGCCGAACCCGAGUUCAGCGUUUUCUGGUGAAAUGGAAGCGAAUAGCUUGACGGCGACUCCCACUCCGAGCUCGUCGCCUUCUAGAGUGGUGAAGAAAGUGACUGGUUCAGUGUCUGAUGAAAGCAGCCAGAUUUAGGAGUUUUAUGGAGUUUGGUGAUGACAGACUUCGUUUCUUGUGCCUCUUUCUUAUUUAAAUCUUUUGUACUUGUAAACUGUAAGCAGUUACUUUCGAUUAAUUAUGGACUUUCUUUCGACA